AUGACCGGGAAUAGUUACAAUGCCGCGGACUUGAAUUCAGUCCUGCAGACACUCUCAAGUCUCGCUCCUCAGGCACAAUCUCAGAUCCAAUCUCAGGCUCAGGCCCAAGCCCAGCCUCAACCCUCUGCCUAUAACACAUCCCUUCCUACCCCACAAAAGAGGCCUUAUUCAAGUACAAACACACCCGCACCCCGAACUCAAGAUCCACGCCAGUUGCACUCAAAACCACCAUCAACACGCCCAGCCUCAACUGGCCCGGAAUCAUCAACUAUCACUACAUGGCCCGCAGCGCUCCGUCAUGUCAUGCGAACCGUCAGUCUAAAUGAAGAGACACAAUUGCGGAUCCGCGGAAUGAUCCGGAGCCAGCACCGCCAUGAACAGAACUGGUUCGAUGCUCGCCAAGCACUGAUUAAACAACAAGAAGGGCGUCCUCAGAAGCAGCGGGAGUUAGAUGCAGUGCUCCGCUCGAUAGGUGCCCCUGUCAAAGAAGAUGAUGGCUCUACCGAGAAAGAGGUUGCAGCAGAACUCGCGAAGUAUGACCUCAAAGUCCAUACUGCUGCUGUGAAAAUGGCGGAUGCCCUCUCUGCUGAAUUGCGAGGGAUGGACAUUCCCUUCUUUACAAUACGCAAAGAUCUGGUACAAGAUACCCCCCGGAAAGAAGAACAUGGUGGCGUCGGUCUACAACGACAAGCUCAAACUAGUACACCUGCAGCUCCCUCACCAAUCACCAAGUCCGAGUUAAUGGCGUUACAAAAUCGCAUGCUUGGGCUAUUGGAGGAUCUAUGCAAAGAGUGA